GGAGGGGUUACUUGAAAAUUGAAACCAUGUUUUGCUACUUGACUUGACAGACUGAUCAAUGAUUUAUUAUGAAAUUUCAGGUAGAUGAAACAAGGCUCAAGAAGCAGAAGGAGAUUAAUGAUUGGCUUCCAAUUACUUCUUCAAGAAAUGCCAAAUGGUGGUAUGCAGCAUUCCACAAUGUUACUGCUAUGGUUGGCGCUGGAGUCCUCAGUCUUCCUUCCGCCAUGGCACAUCUGGGAUGGGGUCCCGGAGUUGUAAUUCUGAUCCUGUCAUGGGUCAUCACUCUGUACACUCUCUGGCAAAUGGUUGAGAUGCAUGAGAUGGUUCCUGGGAAAAGGUUUGAUCGAUACCAUGAGCUGGGGCAGCAUGCCUUUGGGGAGAAGCUCGGUCUUUAUAUAGUGGUGCCUCAGCAACUGAUCUGUGAAGUUGGUGUUGACAUAGUCUACAUGGUUACUGGUGGAAAAUCACUGCAGAAAAUCCAUAAUCUAGUCCGCAACAAACCCUACAAAGAUAUCAAAACGUCAUAUUUUAUCAUGAUGUUUGCCUCCGUUCAUUUUGUACUUGCCCACCUCCCCAACUUUAACUCCAUCUCAGCGGUCUCUUUGGCUGCAGCAAUCAUGUCUCUGACUUACUCUACCAUAGCCUGGACUGCUUCUGUCCACAAGGGUGUCCAGCCAGAUGUGCAACAUGGCUACAAAGCCAGCACAGCAUCAGGAACAGUCUUUGGUUUUUUUACUGCAUUAGGAGAUGUGGCUUUUGCCUAUGCUGGACACAACGUGGUCUUGGAGAUACAAGCAACAGUCCGUUCUACACCAGAGAAGCCUUCCAAGGGUCCAAUGUGGAGAGGAGUGCUCAUUGCCUACUUCGUUGUGGCCUUCUGCUACUUCCCUGUUGCUCUCAUUGGAUACUAUAUAUUUGGCAACAAUGUUGAGGACAAUAUCCUCAUCUCAUUGGAGAAACCAACAUGGCUUAUUGUUGCAGCUAACGUGUUUGUUGUGAUCCAUGUGAUUGGAAGCUAUCAGCUAUAUGCCAUGCCUGUUUUUGACAUGAUAGAAACUGUGAUGGUAAAAAAAUUGCGUUUUAGACCCACUAGAAAGCUUCGAUUUAUCGUACGCAAUUUUUAUGUUGCUGCAACUAUGUUUGUAGCCAUUACUUUUCCUUUCUUUGGUGGUCUUCUUGGAUUCUUUGGAGGAUUUGCUUUUGCACCAACAACCUAUUUUCUUCCUUGCAUCAUAUGGCUUGCUCUAUACAAACCGAAGAGGUUCAGCUUAUCUUGGUGUAUCAACUGGAUCUGUAUCAUACUCGGCCUUCUGCUAAUGACUCUAUCACCCAUUGGAGGUUUGAGGAACAUCAUUCUUAGUGCCAAACGUUACCAUUUCUACUCUUGAAUGUUUCUGGAAAUGGCAAGCAAGUAAUUAGAGAGAUAAUAUAUGUUUAUGUAAAAUAAGACGGUAUGGUCGAAAUCAGCUCUUAUAGAGAACUGGUAGGUAAUAGGUUUAUCUAUUCAAUGGGAAAGAGGCCGAUGGAACCAUCAAUGUAUUUAUCCCAUGCACCUGUUCUGCAGCUCUCUUUGUGUUGGUUAUUGAAUUGUAAGCCACAUGUGUGAACUGUUCUUGCAGUUUAAUUUAUCAACAUUUAGCCAUUUGAGUUUUUGAAUGCUAGUUUUAUAGCAGAAGCAUGUGACGGACAAUUUGCAGUUGCCUUUUAAGGUUGUC